AUGCCCUCGCGCUCCCGCCCCAAGCAGCGCAGCAGCCCCGCCGCUCCUCGCCUCCUCGCCUCGUCCUCGUCCUCGCCGUCGCCGCUCCUCUCGGCGCGCUCCUCGCUCGCCGCACCAGCCCUCUCGGUCGACCCACUCGCACCCUCCGACGCGCCCCUCGCACCCGUCCACCGUGCACCAAGCACCGCCUCGUCGUCGUCGUCGUCGGCACCCGCCGCCGCCGCGCCAGGUGGGGGCACCCGCAGCCGCGCCGCGCUGCGCUCCUCGGCGUCGAGCACCGCGAGGACAUCGUCUGCGCUCGGUCGGUCUGCCACACCGAGCGCACACGCCGACGACGACGAGGACGGCCACGGCGCGGCGCUCAGCCGGGCGUCGAGCAGCUCGAGCCUCGACGGCCUCGCUGCACGGCUCGAGGGCGCACGCAGGGGCAAGGGCAAGGGCAGGGAGCGCGAUCCGUCGCCGUCCUCGCCAGCAGCAGCGGCCAAGGGCAAAGCGCGCCUCGUCGACCUUCCUCCUCCUCCAUCACCACCGGCGCCGGCUACCGUCGACGGCGACACCGAGCGCGCCGACUCGCCCGCCGCCGCCGCCUCGACGAGCUACGACCUCGCGCGCCUGUCGCCUUCGACCUCGACCUCGCCGCUCCCGACCUGGCCCUCCUCGCCCUCCUCCUCCUCCGCCGCCGCCGCCGCGUUCCAGCGCCCUUCCUCGCCCUCGCCCUCGGCGCUCAACGACCCCGAAGACGACGACGACGACGACGCCUCCUCCUCCUCCUCCGAGCCCGACGACGACGAGCGCGACGACGAGCCCGUCCCCGUGUCGCGCUCCGAUGCCCACCCCGACCCGCGCUCGCUCCUGCGCGCCCAGCUCGCGCGCGCACCCUCCUCUUCCUCCUCUCCCUCCUCCCCUGCUGCCCGAUCCCGCUCUCGUCCGCCACCAAGAGCUGCGAGCGCGAGCGACGAGCGCGCGCCGAGCGCUGAGCGCACGGUGCGCCCCGCCACCGACGGGUCGGGGAGCGCAUGGAGGAGGAGGAGGUACUUUGUCCUGUCGACGGCGGGCAAGCUCGUGUAUACUUC